AUGGCAUCAGAGUCCAUCUUUGACGGACCCAUCUCUGAAUCUGUGCCUACUGCGCAGACGGGAUUCGCGCACCGAGUCUCCUUUUCUCAAGAUCGCAAUGGUAGCGAUGCAAGUGCAGGUCUGUUAUCUUUGCAAUUCUUUCGCUCAGAAUACGAUGAAGAGCGCGAUGAUGAGUCUAUGAUACAGCUCGAGGAAGAUGCCAUUGCAGAUGACGAAUCUAUCGCCGAUACAGAGUCAAUUGCUUCUUCGCGGCGGUCGUCCAUGUCCAGAGUCUCGUUGCUGCGGCGGCAGUCUCAAGAAUCCAAUGCAUCGGGUGAGCGCUUUGCCCGCAAGUCGCAAAAGGUCUACCUGCAGGAAGAAGACUUGUAUCUCGUCAUUGCAGGCUUCAAGGACGCACGACUACAAACUUGGCUCUACUAUCUGUUGUGCAUCGUGACGUUUGGCAUCGCCUACCUUGUUUUGCGUUGGGUUCCUAGAUGGAAAAUUCGCAUGACUGGCAAGCCCGUCAGCCUCUCUGCUGCGAGUUGGGUCGUUAUUGAGAAUCAAUGGCACGAUGUCAGCAUACAUACUGUUCAAAAAGCUCCCUUCGGUGGUCACUUGAGCAGCAUUUUAGAUGUUGGACGUUCUUCUGAAGAUGAGAAUGAUCCUUGGCUUGAUCAUAUUUGCUUCCUCGACUAUCGCUAUGUUCGUUUCCUAUGGAAUCCGCGAGGUAGUCGCUUCGAGCUCUACAACAAUUACAAGGAUCCUGCAUGGCGAGAAACCAUCAAAGUCUGCGCGCGCGGUCUAGAAGAUGAGGCAACUACCCGGCGACUGACGCUCUUUGGCGAGAAUCUCAUUGACAUUGCUGAAAAGUCGACUGCAGAGCUACUUGUUGAUGAGGCACUGCACCCCUUCUACGUCUUCCAGAUUGCGAGCAUCAUUCUCUGGUCUUGCGACGAGUAUUACUACUAUGCCAUUUGCAUCUUUGUCAUUUCAAUCUCUUCCAUCGCUGCAACAGUCCUAGAAACAAAGCGCACGAUGCGGCGUUUGAGGGAGCUGGCUCGAUUCUCUUGCGACGUGCGCGUCUUGCGAAACAGCUACUGGCAGCUCAUUCAAUCCAGCAUGCUCGUUCCGGGUGAUGUCUUUGAAAUUUCAGAUCCAUCCAUCGAUUUGCUCCCUUGUGACGCGUUGCUUCUGUCUGGCGAGUGUGUCGUCAACGAAUCCAUGCUGACUGGCGAGUCAGUACCAGUCGCCAAGGUGGCUGCCAACGACAAGGGCCUGCAUCGUCUUGCCAAUGCGUCCACGACCAUCUCCUCAGAGCUGGGCCGCCAUUACCUCUUUUCAGGCACAAAGCUUAUCCAAGUCAAGAAGCCACAAACGCAAUCCGACGAAGAAGAAAAUGCAGCGCUUGCCAUGGUGACACGAACAGGCUUUAAUACCACCAAGGGCUCGCUUGUACGCAGUAUGCUGUUUCCAAAACCUGCCGGCUUCAAAUUCUACCGUGACAGCUUCCGUUUCAUCGGCUUCAUGGCCAUCAUCGCCAUUUGUGGCUUUGUUCUCUCAGCCAUCAACUUUAUUCGUCUAGGCUUGCCGUGGAGCUUGAUUCUCAUUCGAGCGCUGGAUCUCAUCACCAUUGUUGUUCCUCCAGCAUUGCCGGCAACACUCACUAUCGGUACAAGCUUUGCUGUGGAGCGUCUCAAGAAGCACAACAUCUUUUGUAUUUCUCCAAGCAGAGUCAAUGUCGCUGGCAAGAUCGACGUCAUGUGCUUUGACAAGACGGGCACGCUCACCGAAGAUGGUCUGGAUAUCCUAGGUGUUCGACCUAUCGAGCAAGCAGACUUUUGUGGACUUCUCGAGAAGGUGGAAGAGCUCGUCGUUGCGCAAGACCAAGGCUUGACGCUCUUGAAUGUCAUGGCAACCUGUCAUUCUCUCCGACUCAUCAAUGGUGAACUCCUCGGAGAUCCACUUGAUGACAAAAUGUUCCGCUUCACCGGCUGGACGUAUGAAGAAGGCGGACAAAAUGCAACCUUGACAACGCCGAGCAAAGGACUUGACCACAAGACCAUGGCUGCCAAGACGUCCAACAAGAUCUCGCCGCCCAUUGUUCGCUCAAAGUCGGGUUCGCCUGGUCAGGUCGAGCUCGGCAUCAUGCGUCAAUUUGAAUUCGUGUCAAAUUUACGUCGCAUGAGUGUCAUUGCCAAGCGUUUCCAGUCAAACGACAUGGAAGUCUACCUCAAGGGCGCGCCUGAAGUCAUGAAGGACGUUUGCAAGUCAGACUCCCUUCCAGACAAUUACGAGGAGAUUCUAGCUUCCUACACGCAUCGUGGCUAUCGUGUCAUUGGCUGUGCUGGUAAGGUUUUGCCAGGCUUCAGCUGGAUCAAAGCACAAAAGAUCAAGCGGCAAGAGGCCGAAAAGGACUUGACUUUCCUAGGCUUCAUCAUCUUUGAAAACAAGCUCAAGCCUUCGACAACAGCAUCCAUUCGCGAUCUGAACGAGGCCAAUAUUCGCAAUGUCAUGUGCACCGGCGACAAUAUUCUCACUGCAAUCAGCGUUGCACGAGAGUGUCAAAUGCUUCAAGAUAUGACGCAUGUCUUUGUUCCUCGCUUCACAGAGAGCGGUGGUGCGACCAAUGCUCUUCAAACGAUUGUGUGGGAAAACAUGGAGAACCCCAAUCUUAUCCUCGACUCGCGCACGCUGCUGCCUGUAUCGCCAGCAGAGGCCUUUGAUAAUCCCUUUGCAAAGCAACCCGUUGCUGACUUCCGUCUUGCCGUCACGGGCGAGAUUUUCCGCUGGACAGUCGACUUUGCUAGUCAAGAGACAUUGGAACGUUUGUUGAUCAAGGGUACGGUCUUUGCGCGCAUGUCUCCAGACGAGAAGCAAGAGCUUGUCGAGAAAUUGCAGUCAAUCGACUACUGUGUCGGCUUUUGUGGCGAUGGAGCAAAUGAUUGCGGUGCACUUAAAGCGGCGGAUGUUGGCGUUUCUCUGUCAGAGGCAGAAGCUUCCGUUGCAGCACCCUUUACAAGUCGUUCGUUUGAGAUUUCCUGCAUCAUUCGCGUCAUUCGAGAUGGUCGAGCUGCACUCGUCACCAGUUUCAGCUGCUUCAAAUACAUGGCUCUGUACUCUGCUAUUCAGUUCACCACUGUCAGUAUUCUCUACCGCACGGCAUCCAAUUUGGGAGACUUCCAGUUUCUCAUGAUUGAUCUCGCGCUGAUUUUGCCCAUUGCUGUGUUUAUGGGCCGAGCAGAGCCGCACAAGGUGCUUGCGCGCAAGCGACCGACAGCCAAUUUGGUGUCCAAGAAGAUCCUGGGGUCCUUGAUUGGACAGAUUGUCAUCAUUGUCAGCUUCCAAGUGCUCAUCUGGGCUCUCGUCAAGGAGCAACCGUUCUAUCGGCCGCCUCGUCUUCGCAGCGACAGUCCAAGCAUUGUGUCGUCUGACAACACAGUGCUCUUCCUCCUGUCUCUGUACCAGUACAUUCUUGUGGCACUUGUGCUCAGCGUCGGUCCACCUUAUCGGGAACCAAUGUAUCGAAAUUGGUCUUUUAUUCUGACGAUAAUUUUGACGCUUGCAUUGACGACAUUCAUCACUGUUUCGCCUACGCAUUGGUUCCACAAAGUCUUGCAGCUCACCAAGAUGUCUACACAAUUCAGCUUGUUCCUGAUCGGACUGGCCCUGGUGCACUAUCUGCUCGCCUCGCUUGGCGAGACGUACGUCUUUGCCAGAGCUGUGCAGGUCUUGUCAAGGAUGACCAACCGACUGUCUAAAUCCGCAGGUAAAAAGCGCAAGACAUGGAAGAUUGUCAGUGAGCAGAUGGCUGGAGAGUAUGCUGCGUAA